ACGGAUAGUCAAUGAUUACCGUCCGAUCCUCAUAUGUCACCCCAACUUGUCGUCUAUAAAUAUGACUUUACCGCUGGUUCUUCCAAAUUUUUAUAAUCCUUUACCCAGAGCAAGACUUUCAAGAGGGAGGGAGGCGCUAGAAGAAAUCAAAGAUGGCUCGUACCAAGCAAACUGCUCGGAAAUCUACUGGAGGAAAGGCUCCUAGGAAGCAACUUGCUACUAAGGCUGCACGUAAGUCUGCCCCAACCACUGGUGGAGUCAAGAAGCCGCAUCGUUAUAGACCUGGAACUGUCGCUCUUCGUGAAAUCCGUAAGUAUCAGAAGAGUACCGAGCUUCUGAUCAGGAAGCUUCCAUUCCAAAGGCUUGUCCGUGAAAUUGCCCAGGAUUUCAAGACUGAUCUGCGUUUCCAGAGCCACGCAGUGCUUGCGUUGCAGGAGGCUGCUGAGGCUUACCUCGUGGGUCUUUUUGAGGACACUAACCUUUGUGCCAUCCAUGCCAAGCGUGUUACAAUCAUGCCAAAGGACAUUCAGCUGGCAAGGAGGAUCAGGGGUGAACGUGCUUAGGCAAUGGGUGGAUAAAGCUCUGAUCAAACAGGGUUUCAUAAUUGAAGAAAGAAAAUGGAGGGUGGUGGUGGAAGGUAGGUUUUGUUAUUUUGAAGUUGGAUCAGGUUAGGUAGAUAAGGUUAGGGUUGUAGUUGGUAGGAUGGAUGUGAGGCCUGGUGUUUUUAAGGGGAAAUACAUUUGGAUUUGGUAUAUUGUUAAUGGUGAUUUGUGAACUCGGUGUUGCAGUCUAAUCUUUUAGCGUAGCCUAUUAUUCUGAUAUAUGAAUUUGUACCUCCUUUAACGCUAUACAGUGUUGUAGAAUGCGUGUUUUGUUUCAUGGAAUGCUGUGUUCUUCAUCUGA